AUGGCUAACAAUCAAUUACAUAUUAAUUCGUUACCGAUUUAUAAAUUAUUUUUCGAUGAUAUUGAGGAAAUAUUUCUUAAUACAAUAUCAUUUCGUGUUCUUUGUAUAUUAUCUUUUAUAACAUGUUUAUUUAUUAUUGGAACAUUAAUUCUUCUGAUAUUUCGAUCGAAAAAACUUUUUUUAACUUGUCUUAUUCCAUUAAUAUAUGCGUUAAUAUUCUAUGAUUUUAUUCAAUUAUUAUCAUUAAUAUUAUUGAAAUAUAAUGCUACUGAACAUUUUCUUAAUCAAUUAUGUCGUUGGCCAUAUUAUUUAAAAUCAUCAUCAGAUGCUGGUCAAUGUUUAACAAUAAUAUUUAUAUUUGCUUUAAGUCGUCAUCAUAUACGAUAUUUUAUAACUCAUAAUAUUUUACCUAAUUCAAGUUAUAUUCAUUCUGGUGCAUUAACAUUUGUUUGUUUAUUAUUUAUUGUUUAUGUUAAUAAUUGGAUAACACAUUUAAAAGUAGAAAAAGUACAUUUAAUAACAUUAAAUGAAACACAAUAUGAAAUUAAUGUACAAGAAUUACCUAUAUCAUUAUAUAAUAUAACAGAAAUAAAAAUACAUUCUCAUCAACGUUUUAUAACAGAUCUUGAUAAAUAUUCUCAAGGUUAUGAAAAAAAUAUUCUUGUACAAAAUCAACAAAAAAUUACUAAACAUAAAAUUAUACAUAACAAUAUAGAUGGUUCAAUACAUGAAAUAAUAUUGAAAAUUCCUUUAGAAUAUUUUACUAUAAUAAAAAGUGUUGAACAACAAGAAAUAUUAAAUCAAACAACAGAUGAAAAUGAAUAUAAUAAUUCAUAUCGUAUUAAUCGUUGUACAUAUGGACAAAAAAAUUUUUUUUUAACAAAUUUUCUUUCAUUAAUUCAUUCAAUAUGUUAUUUUAUUUUAAUAUCAUAUUAUUUAACAGUUAUUUAUGCAUAUAAAAUAACAGAUACAUCAAUUAAUUAUCAUAAACAAUUUUAUGAUAAACCAUUUACAUUUAGAAGAAAAAAAUCAAUCGAAAGACAUAAACAAUUUAUUUUAUUAAUGCAUUUAAAAAAUUUUCUAUAUAUUAUUAUUUAUUCACAUACAUUGUUUACCUUUAUUCGCCUUAUUUAUGUAUGUCUAUUAACAAUAAUAUUAUGUUUUGUUCAAACACCAUUUAAAUGGUUACCAAUAAGAAUAUUCUUUUAUUCUCUUUUUUUAAUAAGUUAUUUUUCAAUACCAUUACGUAUGAGUUUAUUAUUUCUUUUUUGUUUUCUAACUCAAUUCUCUAAACAUAUACAAUCAAUAAUAUUUUAUUUAUGUCAUACAAAUUUACGUUUUUCAUGGAAAUUAGAAAAACCAACAAUAUGUUUUCGAUUACAAUUUAUACCAUAUAAUGUUAAUUCAAGUCAAAAUGAACAAAGUGCAAAUUCAUUCGUUAUUGAUUUAUCAUCAUCAAUGAUUGAAGAUCAAUCAUAUAUAAUGCCACAAGAUUCAAUUACUAUGUAUAAUGAAAGUAGUGGCAGUCAUAAUGGCGUAACUACAACUAUUCUAGCCGCACCAGGUAUGAUUGUCAAUGAGUCAAUAUGA